AUGUCAGCAGGUCCCUCACGGCCACCUUCAACCCGUCCCAACCAUCUCACCGAUGCGACUCAACCUCAAAUAGGUAUACCUCGAUCAGAUGGAUCUCUGAGAAGAAGACAGCGUCAUCUGUCUCGUGAUCUCGCAAGGGAAGACGACCUAGAACAUCCUCUAUCGGGCAACGAUGAGGAAGGUGAGAGUAGACCCACAUUGAAGAGGUUGACAAGUGAAGCGGAGAAGAUGGCAGGGAGUAGUAAGAGUGAAAGUGAAGGAAGUAUAAGAGGAAGUUUUGAUUUAUUGAGAAUGAAUUUGGAAGAAGGUGGGGAUGAGGUGGAAGUUUUGGUCCAUCGUGUCAAACCGACCGAAUCGCUAGCUGGAAUAGCGUUACUCUAUGGGAUCGAUAAAUCAACUCUACGCAAAACCAACAAGCUCUGGCCAUCGGAUCCUGUCCAUCUCCGAACCCACCUCUACGUCCCACUGGAAGCUUGUAGAUGGAACAUAGCCAGUGAAACAUUCAUCCGUGGUCCGGGAGAAGGUCAAGUGACUAUGAUCGCUAAGCCCAAAUCCGACCGACGGCGAAAUCCACAUGUCAAUCUCAGCGAAAGUCGUUCAGCGCCCAUCUUUCUUCUCGACAGGUCUGUUUCUGGUGACAUACCACCAGCUCGAGGGAAUGGAAAAGGGAAAGGAAAGGUAGUCGAGAUCGAAGUGACAAAUGGGGAUGUCAAGAUGACACCUGAUAUAGAAGGUUUGAACGAAUACGAAGAAUGGUCCGAUUCACCUGGUGAUCGAAAGGCUGGUCCUUCUCGUCCUUCUUUACUCCAAUCUUCUAUGUCUCUCAAUGAGGACCAUUUCAGAGAUGCCGAAGUCUUCCAAGGAAAUCUAGAAAUGGGCAGCCGUAAUGGAGAUGUGGUCGGUAAUGGUUUAGAUGACUCAGGUGGAGGAAGAAGUGGAGUCGAGAAAAUGGUGGACGAUCAAGAUGAAGAUAGAACACCUAGAAUCUUAGACGUCGUUAGAUUACCGAGCUCUCAGCUUCGUUUCUUUCCCAAAUCACAUUCAACAUCGCAAGACGUUCAAAAACAACAUCGUCGUGCCGCAUCCUUAUCUACCACUUCUUUGGGUCCUUCAAUUCAUCAUGACCUUCACACUCUCCCUCGACCAUUACAACCUAAACCACCACGACCCAAUGUUGUCCGAAUACGACCACCUUCGUACUCUUCAUUAUCCCUCACUCCUACUUCCAACUCCACGUCUGGGAUCGCACAGAGAUUGUCUUCCUUAUUCGCCAUACCGUCUCCCACACAGCACACACCCUCAUAUCUUCCCAACGGACUGGGUAUGGGUAACGGGAAUGGAGGGAACAACCCGAGGAUGUCUUUCGAAUCGGGCUUCUCUUCCUCGCGUAGAUCAUCAGCCGCGAGCUCACCUCAACAUCAAGAGGUGGUCUUGGAAUUACAUCCAAGAGCGGGGAGAUCAUCAGAGACGUUGGACACGAUAAGGAUGAACAGGGAUAAUACGCAUGACAAGAGCAGGAAAAUAGAUUGA